AGUGGAGACCAUGAAUGUUUGUACAGUAGUUAAUGACAGUGUGAUGACAUGUUUGGCCCCUGGUCUGGCCUACAGUAAACCAACCCCGCCAGAGGGGCCACUGCACCCUGAUGAGUUUGGCUUCAUUUUAGACCAGGUCUCCUCUCUCCUGGUCUUAAACACCACACCUUUUACCCACUACCCCAACCCCUCCUUCGAUUCCCUGGGAACAUCUGGAAUAAUGGAGGUCAAACCAGGGUCACCCAUCAUUCUCAAGGGAAAGAACCUGAUCCCUCCUGCCCCCGGCAACAACCGCCUUAACUACAGCGUUCUGAUAGGAGAGACUCCCUGUCUGUUAACGGUCUCAGAAAACCAGCUGCUGUGUGAUUCACCAGACCUCACAGGUGAACAGCGAGUCCUGAUCCUAGUGGGAGGUCUGGAAUAUUCUCCAGGUAUGCUCCAUAUUUACUCCGACAGCGCCUUGACCCUGCCAGCUAUCAUCGGUAUCGGUGCGGGCGGUGGGGUGUUGCUGAUUGCCAUCAUUGCCGUGCUGAUCGCCUAUAAGAGGAAGACCCGUGAUGCAGACCGCACACUCAAACGCCUGCAGCUUCAGAUGGACAACUUGGAGAGCCGUGUGGCAUUGGAGUGCAAGGAGGCCUUUGCAGAGCUGCAGACUGACAUCCAGGAAUUGACCAAUGACAUGGAUGGAGUGAAGAUUCCCUUCCUGGAGUAUCGGACGUACACCAUGAGAGUCAUGUUCCCUGGAAUAGAAGAACACCCCGUCCUCAAAGAGCUGGAUCUCACAGGUAAUUCUCCGGCUAAUGUGGAGAAGGCGUUGCGUCUCUUCAGUCAGCUGCUGAACAACAAGAUGUUUCUGCUGACCUUCAUUCACACGCUGGAGGCUCAGAGGUCGUUCUCUAUGCGAGACAGAGGCAACGUGGCCUCGCUCCUGAUGGCCGCUCUACAGGGUCGUAUGGAGUACGCCACGGUGGUGCUGAAACAGCUGCUGGCUGACCUAAUUGAGAAGAACCUGGAGAACAGAAACCAUCCGAAACUGCUGCUGAGAAGGACAGAGUCGGUGGCUGAGAAGAUGCUGACGAACUGGUUCACCUUCCUUCUACACCGAUUUCUGAGGGAGUGUGCAGGUGAGCCUCUGUUCAUGUUGUACUGUGCUAUAAAACAGCAGAUGGAGAAGGGGCCCAUCGAUGCCAUCACAGGAGAGGCACGCUAUUCCCUGAGUGAAGACAAACUCAUCAGGCAACAAAUAGACUACAAACAGCUGACUCUGAUGUGUAUUCCUCCUGAUGGCGAGGCGGGUACUGAGGUACCGGUGAAGGUUCUGAACUGUGACACGGUGACGCAGGUCAAAGACAAACUGCUGGACGCCGUUUAUAAAGGAAUCCCCUUUUCACAGAGACCACAGGCUGAUGACAUGGACCUGGAAUGGCGUCAGGGCAGGUUGACCAGAAUAAUACUACAGGAUGAAGACGUGACAACCAAGAUAGAGAGUGACUGGAAGAGACUUAAUACACUGGCUCACUAUCAGGUAACAGAUGGUUCUCUGGUAGCGUUGGUCCAGAAGCAAGUGUCUGCCUACAACAUCGCCAAUUCCUUCACUUUCACAAGAUCACUGAGUAGAUAUGAGUCGUUACUGAGAACGUCCAGUAGUCCAGACAGCCUCCGUUCACGAGCACCUAUGAUCACACCUGACCAGGAAACAGGAACCAAGUUGUGGCAUCUUGUGAAGAACCACGAACACAGUGACCAGAGAGAAGGAGAUAGAGGGAGCAAGAUGGUGUCUGAAAUUUACCUGACAAGACUACUGGCUACUAAGGGUACGCUGCAAAAGUUUGUAGACGACCUUUUUGAGACUGUGUUUAGCACUGCCCACCGUGGCUCUGCACUGCCACUGGCUAUCAAGUACAUGUUUGACUUCCUGGAUGAGCAGGCAGACAAGCGACAGAUCAGCGACCCUGACGUCAGACACACCUGGAAGAGCAACUGCCUUCCUCUGAGGUUCUGGGUGAAUGUGAUAAAGAAUCCCCAGUUUGUGUUUGACAUCCAUAAGAGCAGCAUCACCGAUGCCUGUCUGUCCGUGGUCGCUCAGACCUUCAUGGACUCCUGCUCAACUUCUGAACACCGGCUGGGCAAAGACUCGCCGUCCAACAAACUGCUCUACGCUAAAGACAUACCCAACUACAAGAGCUGGGUCGAGAGGUAUUACAGAGACAUAUCAAAGAUGCCCAGCAUCAGCGAUCAGGACAUGGAUGCCUACCUAGUGGAACAGUCUCGUCUCCAUGGCAACGAGUUCAACACACUGAGUGCGCUCAGUGAGCUCUACUUCUAUAUCAACAAGUACAAGGAGGAGAUCCUAACGGCAUUGGACAGGGAUGGGUACUGUCGCAAACACAAGCUGAGGCACAAACUGGAACAAGCCAUUAACCUCAUGUCGGGGAGCAGCUGA